GCACGCUUUUCAGCUCUUUCCUUCCUUAAGGUUCUGAAUCUCCGAGUUUUUCGACUCACUUGCACAGCUUCCGAGUCACCCUUCCCUUUCUUCAUUUGUCGAGGUUUUUCUAAGGAUGAGAAUAUCAUAUUUCACGUCGUUCUCCAGACUCCAAAUCAUCACCAUGGCUUUAGCAGCUUCGUGGCUAUUCUUCUUUGGUGUCGUACUGAUAACAGGCACGGAAUUUAAUAUCAAAAAGCUCUUUUCCAUCGAAAUGGCAACUGGUGUUGGAAAGGGAAAGAUGGUGACUGUGUUGAGCAUUGAUGGAGGUGGCAUCAGAGGGAUAAUUCCAGGCACCCUCCUCGCCUUUCUUGAAUCUAAGCUUCAGGAAUUGGACGGGCCCAGAGCAAGAAUUGCAGACUAUUUCGACAUAAUUGCGGGAACAAGUACAGGUGGGCUGGUCAGCACCAUGCUUUCGGCACCCAACAAGGAAAGCCGUCCCCUCUAUGCUGCAAAGGAUAUCAACAACUUCUAUUUAGAGCACUCCCCCAAGAUUUUUCCAGGGCGCAGCCAAAAAAGCUUUGUGAGUUCAAUGACUGGCUUGAUCGGUUCGGUGAUGGGGCCUAAGUACGACGGGAAGUACCUGAGGUCAUUGACAAACGGGCUACUAGGCAAUCUAACACUGAAACAGACCCUAACAAACGUGAUCAUACCUGCAUUCGACAUCAAGCUCCUUCAGCCAGUUGUCUUUUCCACCAACGAUGCAAAACUGAAUGAUUUGAAGAACGCUAAGCUAGCAGAUGUUUGCAUCAGCACCUCUGCGGCACCCACUUUUCUUCCAGCACAUCACUUUGAGACUAAGAAUGCUGAGGGAAAGACUCGGAGUUUCCAUCUCAUUGAUGGAGGGGUUGCUGCAAAUAAUCCUACUAUGAUGGCCAUAAGCCAGAUAUUGAAAGAAAUAUUAAUGCAACACACCGAGCUAAAUGACAUGAAAGCAAUGGAGUGCAGCAACAGAAUGCUAGUUCUAUCGUUGGGCACGGGUGCAGCCAAACAUGAGGAGAAGUAUACUGCAGCCAGAGUCUCCAAAUGGGGUUUGCUUAAUUGGUUGUAUGAGAAUGGUGCCACACCGUUGCUUGAUGUAUUUGGGGAUGCAAGUUCUGAUAUUGUUGAUUUCCACGUGUCCACCCUCUUCCGAGCCCUGGGUCGUAAGAACAACUACCUUCGUAUUCAGGAUGACAAUUUGAUUGGAGAUGAAUCGGCUCUUGACCUUGCAACAAUGGAGAAUCUGCAAAGACUUGUGGAAAUUGGGAAGGAGCUAUUGAAGAAGCCAGUGUCAAGAGUGAAUUUGGAUACUGGCAGGUUUGAGGAAAUUAAGAACGAGGGUACUAAUGAAGAAGCACUUGCCUACUUUGCCAAGCUGCUUGUCGCGGAAAAGAAACACAGACAAAACCAAUGAAACUCCCUAAUCGGGAAUAUGAUUUAACGGUCUUGGAUAGAUUCAAACCUCCAGUACUGUAUAAUGUCUUGCCCUAGUCUUCCAACAACAACAGAGGACAAAACACAAGAAGAGCAUAUGCGCUUAAUAAUUCACUAGAGGAGCAUAUGUUCUUAAACAUGCUUAUUAGCCAAACAAAUUCCUACAGCAAAAGCUUUAUAGUCAUGGGUUUUCCUUUUUGAAUUAACUAGAA